GAUAAACCCUAGCGCCGCUGGGCCAGGGGGAGGUUCAUCCGAGUCUCUGUUUCGAAGGCGCUUGGAAUUUCAAUUAAGUGAAAUUUGGUCGAAAUGGAACUGCCUAAAGUGACAAUACCCAACCCUGUGCCUAAACCAUCGCAGAAAAGGAAGCUUCCAACGGCGAAAGAGUUGAUAUCGCACUACGAGUCCCAGGGUAUGGACUCGCAAGAAGCUUCGAUGAAGGUCAUCGAAGAUCUUCAAAAGGCGCUGUUUGGAGUGAUAUCCUCUGGAAGAGGUAAAAAAGACAAGCUAUUAACCGAGUCUUCUAGAAAAGUUGACGCAGUCAAUAAUAGACUCACUGUUCUUGACAUGAAGCUUGAUUCCAAGCCUGGUUAUGUUGAGACUUUUGCCAUUGGUCUUGUUUCUGGCGCUACUCUCAAAGGAAUUGGGGCUCUCGUGCCUCAUAUUCUUUCCCCUGUUGCUCAGAUUUGGAACUCUGUCUCCGCAGCCACUAAAUCCUCUCCUCAAUGAUGUUUUAAUUUCU